UAUAUACGAACAAUUGGGAUUGCUCAUAAAACAGCACUGGAAAAGCUCAGAUCAUAAAAUCAGUAUUUAGCACUGCAAAGAGCAAGGAAAUACUGAGCCUCCAUCUCGGAAUCUUGAGGAGAGAUGGAAGACAUAGAAGAUUUGCUCGUGGGAAGUAGCGGAGGAACACCGCCAGGUUUCCGGCUGCCGUUGACAGGGGCUGUCGUUGGUCUAAAUCCGAAGCAGAGAAAGAUGAGUGGUCUCCGGAAGUCGACCCCCAAAAUCCCUGGCACUCAGACAAUUUACAUAAAGACAUUUGGCUGUUCGCAUAAUCAGAGUGACUCAGAAUACAUGGCUGGUCAGCUUUCGGCAUUUGGUUAUGCUUUGACUGAUGUUCCGGAUGAAGCAGACCUGUGGCUAAUAAACACCUGUACGGUUAAAUCUCCUAGUCAGUCUUCCAUGGACACUCUUUUAACUAAAGGAAGAAAUGCAAAAAAGCCCCUGGUUGUUGCAGGAUGUGUUCCUCAGGGAAGCCGCAAUUUGAAGGAGUUACAAGGAAUUAGUAUAGUUGGGGUUCAACAGAUUGACCGUGUGGUUGAAGUUGUGGAAGAGACUUUGAAAGGUCAUGAAGUCCGGCUUCUAACCCGUAAAACAUUACCAGCACUUGACCUUCCAAAGGUGAGGAAGAACGAGUUCAUUGAGAUUCUUCCAAUAAAUGUUGGAUGUUUAGGUGCGUGCACUUAUUGCAAGACAAAACAUGCUCGUGGUCAUUUAGGAAGCUACACCGUUGAUAGCCUUGUGGGGCGGGUCAAAAGUGUUGUUGCUGAUGGAGUGAAGGAAAUAUGGUUGAGUAGUGAAGACACUGGAGCAUAUGGUAUCAGCUGUCUACCUAUAUCAUACUUUAUUGGCCCUUUUUCAUUUAGGGGAUUUCAGGAGAGGGGAGGGAGGGGGGAUAUCAGCUGGAAAUAUGUAUUUUGUUAAUAUAUAUAAAUAUAUAUAUAUAUAUAUAUAUAUAUAUAUAUAUAUACAUUUUGAUGUUUGGAAAGAAAGUGAAGAUGAAAAAUUAUAUAGAACUACAAGACUUGACUAAACAUUAGUUAUUUUGUAGUCCUAGACUAGGAAAUAGAGAUAAACUGGUAAAAAAAAUCAAUCCUUCCCUCCCCAUUCCUCCAAAGUUCCCCAGCCAAAAAAUCCUUAAAUGCAGGCAAUUCUUCCAAACUAUACAGCUGUGCCAAGUUUUUUUUUGGGGCGGGGGGAUUUAAAUCUGUAACUGUUUGUAAUUGAUAAGAACAGAAAAAUAACAAUCAACGGGGUGAACCGUUGCCCAGAAUAAUCAACGGAAGAAUCCGUUGCCCAAGCUACUUUAGCUUAACCAAAUCUGAAUUUUAUUGAUGAUCUAUUGAAUAGCCCUCCGUGGGUUAUAAAUAAUACUGCAUAUCUCCACCUUCCAGUAGGGCAGUAGGAAACUAAAUAAGCUAAUUAAAUGUAUGUAGCCUAUCCUAGUGGAAAACAAAGACUAAGGGGAACAAGGUUGUCAAAAGCGCUCGCCUCAGCGCUUAAGCGCACAAGGCGCAGCGAGCAUACCCCCCAGCGCUUGGAAAUAGGUGAAGCGCGCGUACCUGGGUAAAGCGCAGCAUAGGCGCAUGAAGCGCACCAAGCGCUGAAGCGCUGCAAGUCGCGCGCCUUGGUCGCCUGAGCUGGAAAAGGGCUGACGGCCUUUUUUUUGUUUGAAACUUUCAAAUACAAUUAGCCCAUAUCUUUAAUAAUACUAAGCCCAUGAAAACAUUUGGGUAAAAACAGUAAAACCUACGUAAAACUGAAAGUCUAUGUAAGUAAACGCGUAAAACUUGCGCAAGACACUACUGGUAUCAUCGCUAGCCAUCCUCACUCGACACUGAAGCUGCUCUACACCAGCCCUUUAAGCUUUCAUCAUCAUCUCAAGCAAACUCAGCUCUCCCUCUCAGCACUAAACAAGGAUAUUGAAGGUGGAACAAGUGCUACAGGUGGUGCUGAAAGUGAAAACUCUACAAAAAAGACCCAACUUGGAAACCCAACUACUUGGCUAACAAAAAAGAUCCUAAUUUUUGUGAAUCAUGACUUUAUUUUGAUGCAUCCUAGCUUGUUAUGCAUUUGGUUCAAUGUGAUGUUACAUACAUCAUAUUUGGUGAUUAUAGAAUAGUAUAUGUGAUUUUAUCUAAGUAGUGCGCUUCACCCGAGUCAGGCGAGCGCAUUUUUGCGCCUUGCGCCUCAGGCGCUGGGAAUACCCCAUCGCCUUGAGUCAGUUGAGUGCGCCUCACGACUUUGACUACCUUGAAGGGGAAGGAAAUAAUUGUACGUAGCUUAUCCAAUGGGAAUUAGACCUGCGCACAAAGUCUAAUGGGAGGGAAAUUACUUACGUACAAAGCCUAAGGAAAAUCUAAUAAAAUAAAUAGCAAUAAUAAAAGAACUAACAUAAUUGAAGCUAAUUAAAUUAUAAACUCAGCCCAUGGAUAAUCCCGCCCAUAACCGGCCCACGGAAGUGGGCCCAAGCCCAGUCCCGCCCCAUGCUCUUCCCGCUUCAUAUCAGUAAUUCACCAACAAAAGCGUGUCUCUAUGUAUAUACAUGUUCAUCGUAGAUAGACGGGCCAAUAGCCUUGAAAACAAAGAACAGAAUUUAUGGUUUGUUAGCUUUGGGUGAGAAAGAAUCGAGAGAGAGAAACCAGAAGAGACUAAAAGAUAAGAAAUAGGUUGGGAUAUUAGUAUUGUUUGAUAUUAGAGAAAUAGGAAAUAAAGGUGAGUAAGAAGUUUCUUUUGAGAAUGAAAAAUGUUAUACUUGUCAAGAUUGUCACCAUUGGAAUAUAUAAAUUCCAUUUUUAAAAGUUCAAACUUUGAAAAAUGAAAAAUAAUCUCAUCACUUGGCAUCAUAUCUUCUCCUGUAUGGAGAGGAACAAGUUCCAGUGGGUCACACUUGUUUUUUUCAUCCCUAAGUAGGCAAAGUAAUUGAUAUGAAACGUUUUGAUUUACUAUUUCUGACCAUUUUGCAGGUCGUGAUAUUGGAGUUAAUCUUCCGAUUUUGUUAAACGCUAUUGUUGAAAGACUUCCCCCAGAUGGAAGUACAAUGCUUCGGAUUGGGAUGACUAAUCCUCCAUAUAUCCUUGAACACUUGAAGGAAAUAGCCGACGUUCUACGCCACCCAUGCGUUUACUCUUUUCUUCAUGUACCUGUUCAGUCUGGAAGUGAUUCCAUCUUGAGUGCAAUGAAUCGUGAGUACACUGUAGCAGACUUCAGGAUGGUGGUGGAUACAUUGACUGAACUAGUACCUGGAAUGCAGAUUGCCACUGAUAUAAUUUGUGGAUUUCCUGGUGAAACUGAUGAAGAUUUUGCUCAGACUGUUAACCUUGUUAAGGAUUAUCAGUUUGCUCAAGUUCAUAUAUCACAGUUUUAUCCUAGACCUGGAACUCCUGCUGCAAGGAUGAAGAAAGUGGCUAGUCAUGUUGUGAAGAGCAGAAGCCGUGAAUUAACUGCAGUAUUUGAGUCAUUUACACCAUAUGCUGGAAUGGAAGGCAAAAUUGAGAGGAUAUGGAUAACUGAUAUUGCCUCUGAUGGAAUUCACCUGGUGGGCCACACAAAGGGGUACAUUCAAGUGCUAGUGGUGGGUCCUGAGAGCAUGCAGGGAUCCUCAGCUACUGUAAAGAUAACAUCUGUAGGUAGAUGGUCGGUUUUCGGAGAAGUGAUUGAGGAAGUCCUUAACCGUAACAACAUUGAUAGACUUAAUGAUGAAAGGCCACCUUACGCCAGCUUAGAUGAGAACAGUGUGUGUUCCAAACAGCCAGAUUCAUGUGCUUGUUCUUCAAGUGCCUCGUGUUGUCAGGCCUCUCCAGGUGAUACAGAACCUACCCUUCCAAUGAACGACCAGACACAAGCAGAUCAGAAUGAUAUGAAUGUUGGCAGCCGGUCACUCAGGAAGAGGAAGAGUCCUUUAGAUGGGAAGGAGACUGAGAAGGUACAAGUGAUACCCAAAGUUCAAGAAGCUGUUUGGAGUCCUAUUGAUGUCACAUUAUUAGGUGGAAUUGUUUUUAGUUUCCUGACAUCAGUGGCACUGCUGUUGUACCUGGGUUUUGUGAAGAACUAGAUUAUUGUCCGUAGUUAGUGUUUUGGAAGACUUAAAGGUUUGGUUAGAUCCUACCAAAUGGUCACAAAUAUGUAUUUUCCUAGUUUUGACAAUGUAAUAGAGGACAACGUCUUUACAAAAUGGUUAAAUUUUGUAUUUUCCUAGUUUUGACAUCUACUAAAGGUUUGAGCCCUGUCAAAAAUGGUUUGUCCCCAAGUCCAAAUGUCCACCUAGAUCUGUA